AUGCCGAGCGCGCGCGCGUCGCUCGCGCUCGACGCGCGCUCGCUCGCGCUCGCGCACGCGAUCGAUCGAUCGCGCGGGGUGGAGACGCGCGUGCGACGGUGCGCGAGGACGGCGAACGCGUCGACGAUGGGUGCGCGGACGAACGGCGCGACGACGACGCGGUGGCGCCCGCGCGCGGUGCGCACGCUCGUCGAUUGGGCGGUGACGUUGGUGGUGACGAUGGUGCGCGCGAAAAGGGGUGGGGCGCGUGGGAAAGGGGUGGGACGAGGGCCGGCGCGGUGGUUGACGCGACGCGCGGCGGACGCGGAUGACGACGCGGAGCUCGCGGUCGGCGCGCUCGUCACGGGGUGGAGCUCGGGACUCGGACGGGCGUCGGCGUUGGCGCUCGCGCGUGAGGGAUACGCGAUCGCGGUGCCGUAUCGAUUGGGUGGCGUGAGCGAGGCGCACGCGUUCGCGCGCGCGUGUCGACGCGAGGCGCCGGAGACGCGCGUCGAGUUGGUUGGACCUUUGGAUCUGGCGAGCGAGCGAGACGUUGGAGGGAUUUCAUUGGUAGAGCUUCGAAGGCGAGGGGUGGACGUGCGCGUGGUCGUGCACUGCGCGGCGGUGUUCGCCGAUGAGGGCGACGUCGAGGGGAGGAGCCUGACGGCGACGGUGAAUUUUCACAACGUCGCGCUCUUGACGGACAGAUUAGUGCAGGAAAUGACGAGUGCGUCGAGGGCGUCGCCGAUUCGCGUCGUAUUCGUUGGGUCGUUCGUGCAUCGGUGCUCCACGGCGCGAGCACUCGGGUUCGAGGCGUUUGAGAGGUGGCUGAAAUCCGGCACGUCGAGCGAAGACGACCCGACGCUCAAUUACAUGUGGAGCAAGGUGGCGAUCAGCGCGUACGCGGUUGAGAAACAUAGAAUCUGGCAAAAAGAGUUUGGCGGUCGCGUUUCAGCGGUACUGUUAGACCCAGGGCUCAUCGAUACGCGUCUAGUUCGACAUUGGCCAAAGACGCUUCAAGUGCUGUAUCGCUUCUUUGGGAAAGCAUCGGGUUUGAUGCAGGCUCCGUCGAAAGCAGCGCGCGGCGUCGUGCUCGCGGUUAGUCGCGAGCCGACGUCAUCGGAGUGUCCGCAAAUGUUUGGCUCGCGCGGCGCGUUGACUGAGGGAAGUUUCUGGACGAGCGAUAAGCGCGUGCGCGAAGCGUGCGUAUCCUCAAGUGCUUGA